UCUCUCACGAGCCCUAGCGCUCAAUCCACCAAACUCUUCGUCGUCGCUGUCCCCAACUACCUCUCUCCCGACGACUUCCUCCUCUUUUGUGGAUCUCACCUCGACCACUUCUCCGAACUCUACUCCGCAGAGAGCUAUGAGUUGGCAGAAGAAGCCUGUUCACCUCUGCCCAGAUUUGUUGAAUUGCCUACUUGCCCUGUUUGUCUUGAUAUUUCUCGAGUAGGAGUUUUGCUUCUUGUGGAAUGCAUGUCUGUGAAGAAUGCGACUAAUUUUUGUUUUUGUUGCCCAUGGAGAAUGAUGAGCAAAACUUGUAAUUUUGGUUUAUGUUAUUUUGAAUUAUGAAGAACAUUAUAUAUUUAAACAUUAUAUAUGUAUUAUGAAACAUUAUGUAGUGGGAUAAUUUUGUUAA